AACACACACAAAAUGACUGAGGAAAAACUUAGAUGUACUAUCUCCAGCUAUAUAAGCCUAUUUGUAGGAUGGUUUCACUUGAUUUUCUCCACCAUACUGUUCUUUGGACUCUUUUACUAUUUGUGCGUCAGAUUUGAGAGGCCGAAUGAUAACCCCCAAAUAGCAGCCCUGGGACUUCCCGUAUUAUUGAUACUGUUUACUUUUAGUUUUGCCAGUUUUGUUUUCGAUAUACUGCUGAUAACUGGCAUACUUGUGCGACAAGUAAAACUUGUAUCUGCCUUUGUGUUUGGCAAUUACAUGAUACUGGGAUUUGUGGCUAGCUCUGCGGUCUUCUACUUCGCCGAGGACUAUGUGCACGAUGUCACCACGAUAGGUUCAGUGGUUAAUCCCCUGCUGCAUGGACUAACACUGGGCACCGCCAUCUAUUUGUUUUAUCCCGUCUAUCUGUUGGUGCAACAGACUCGUGAACCUCCCUCGAAUGAGCAUAGCCAAUUGGAUGAUAGUGAAAUUCUUAAGGAUAACAAGUCCAAUAAGUCUAACAGUGAUGGUAGUCAAGCAAAAAUUGUUUAA